AUGGAUGCGACACAUGCGCUUCUGUUAAUUGUAUUUCUCCCAGCUUUUAAUAAAGCAGCAACAGGCGGUACCAUAUUUAAAUUAAUAGCCACACUAUCAAAUGAUAGAAAUCAUCCAUGUCAGCAACCUCUUCAACGUGGCAACUGUUCACAGCGAAUUCCACUCUUUUAUUAUAAUAUUCAUAAUCAUAAAUGUCGCAAAUUUAUGUACAGUGGUUGCAAUGGAAAUGAAAAUCGUUUCUCAAAUCGGCGGCAAUGUCAAGCAAAAUGUGGUAAAAAGCAGGAAAACCAUGUGAAACAAGAUUUCUCCACUAUCUGUAGUCAACCAUUUGAUCUACGAUAUCGAAAAUUAUGCCGUCAAACUACGCCGAUUGCGCCAACUUGGGAGCUACGUUAUUUUUAUGACGCUAAAGAAAAUCGAUGUCGACGCUUUUGGUAUGGUGGUUGUAAAAUAUUGGGAAGAAAUCAGAAUAUAUUUGCUAAUGAGAAGGCUUGUAAAUUACUCUGUGUGAGGAAAAAGAAUGGCAAAUUAGAGGAUAAGCGGAAAAAUUCAAUGUUAAAAAAAACAAUGUGUUUUAUAAAAUUUGACAUGAAACAAUAUUAUGGCUGCAAGACUUUCAAUUGGCGUCCACGGUUCUUCUACAAUCAAACAAGUUCAAAAUGUGAAAUGUUUUGGUAUGACAUUUCAUGCUCGAAACGUCGAGAACCUACUAAUAUGUUUUAUCAUCGCGGAGUUUGCAAAAGAUUAUGCGAGCAGUCCGAUCGAAUGACCCAAAAAUCAUCACAACGAAUAGGAACAGACACAUAUCGUAUCGGAAAAAUUUCAGCAAUGUUCUCACAGCCAUAUAGUUUCAUGCGAUCAAAUAGUCAUCGAAAAUUGAUACGGAUGAGAAAUAUUUUUGAUGAUUUUUUUAUUGAUGCACACAUUAAGCCUAUUAAAGCAACUCAGUCGGAAAUAUCGAGCAUAAACACUAACUCAACUUCUACUAGCAAUCCUUCCGGAAUAUUUGUGACUCAUUCGUAUGUUAAUGAAACGCCAUCAGAUGACAAUACCAGUAGUUUUGAUUUUCAUAUAUUAAAGGCUGAAUUUCGCCGUUCGCUGCAGAAAGUUUUCCAAAGAUCAGUAGAAGAAGAAAAUAAUGACACGAUGAAUCACUUUGAUCAGUUCACGCCUAUUUUAUCAAAAAUAUCAAAAUGCGGUGAAUUCGAUUCGAAAUUAGCAGAUGCAUGUAAUAUCACAAAUUGGACACCGAGGUAUUAUUAUGAUACAACGAGUAAUAAAUGUCGAAUAUUCUGGAGUAGUGGUUGUAUCUCGGAUAAUGGUAAUAAUUUCGAAAACAUUGCAAGCUGCCAAAAGCAAUGCGUAGUAAAGUGGUUUAAUUCAGAAGCAGGAGUAGAAGCAGAUAAAGAACACACGCUACCCUCAACACUGAUAACACGUUGCUUGGAGCCAUUGAUAUUAGGCAAUUGUUCCAAAAUGUAUCCCUCUUACUACUAUAACCGAGAAGCGCAACGCUGUGAACCGUUUAUAUACAGUGGAUGUGAUGGUAAUUCGAAUCGUUUUCUUACGCUACGUCAAUGUCAAAUAACGUGUUAUCAAUUUCGUGGGUUAUCUCCUUUGGAAACGAAUUGUCUUUUACCACUCGAUGGUGGAGAGCAAAUCGAAGAAGAUGAAUGUGCGGAAAAGGCUGGAAUACGCUACUACUACAAUCAGAGGAAUGAACGUUGUGAACAGUUCUGGUAUUCCGGAUGUGUCGGUAACGAAAAUCGAUUUUACGAUCUAUCUACUUGCGAAGCUGUUUGUCGAUAUAUUUCGACAGGAUAUGCUCUCGAAAAAUUUUCACAUCCUAAAGUUUGUUUCGAACCAAUUACUGAAGGGAAAUGUUUGAAGAAUGAUCGGAAAAGUGUUCAACGAUGGGCGUAUAAUCACGUUCAGCUACAGUGUGUCACGUUUAACUACAGCGGAUGCAACGGAAAUCAAAAUCGUUUUGCUACCGAAUAUUCCUGUAAUGCUCUUUGUAAAGGCUUAAAACGUCCUUUACAAGAGCGUUGUAUUGCAUAUCCGGAUUGGGGUAAUUGUAAUCUAUUAAGCUAUCAGUGGUUUUAUAACUUAACCAAAGGUACUUGUGAGCAGUUUUUAUGGGGUGGUUGUAAUGACGGCAAUGAAAAUCGAUUUGAUACAUUUGAGAAAUGUCAACAAAUUUGUGAAAUUCCAACAAAAAACGAAUGUUCCGAUCCAUUAGAUCGUGGAUGUUGGUGUGAAUCAAUGUCGAAUCGUUACUAUUACAAUUCCGAGACAAAUACUUGUAGAGGUUUCCAUUAUACAGGAUGCGGGAAAAGUCAAAAUAUAUUUAUGACGCAGCAAGCAUGUGAGGAAAAAUGUAUCAAUCAAGCGAAUCUGUCAUCCUCAUUGUCCCCAUUGGGCAUCAUUUCAUCUGGAAAAAUCAACUAUCGAGGUGUAAAACCAUUUGUGAAAAAGAUAUCGUCUACGCAUCAAAUUUUGAUGGCGGAUAGUGCUCCGUACAUGAAAACAGAUGCGGAAUGGCUUGAAGAUGGAAAAUGUGUCGGUUACAGAUACAAUAUUACCGGAGAAAGAACUCGUCUAAUGAGUUACCUUUGUUUAAUGGAAUCAGGUGGCACAUGUAAUACACAGACUUCAUCAACCACACAUGGUGACGAAAAAUGUCGCUUAGUACAGCCAUGGCUCAAAGGUAUGCAUCUCUAUUCUUGGUUCUUUAUCAUCGAUCAGCAACCUUAUCCGGUAAUUGGUAAGCAGGCUUUGAACGAAACAACUGCCACACUGAUAAUUUUACCACCAAAUGAUUGCCGUAGAGUGUGCUGA